UAUGCAUUAAAUGUCAAACAAACAGACUUACAGUUAUUGAUAUUGAAUACAAUAAUUGACUGAUAAUUACAUUGAUUUCAAACAAUAAUUAUAUUUAACACAAAUUAUAAUUAAUAAAACCUAUAAAUUGGUUAUAUUUGAUAUGUCGGGUCAUUCAGUGACCACUAAUGGACUCAAUGGCACCACUAAUGAUAGCGAUGAAGAGUACGAUGAGAUUGAGUUAAUUAUUAAGCGGACAUUAGAGCGGAUGCGGAACAGAAACCCGAAUGAUAUAUAUCUUCGUCCGCCGACACCUGACAAGCAGUUUCUGAUAUCACCGCCGGCCUCACCGCCCGUUGGUUGGCAUCCCAUAGAUGAGGCACAUCCUGUCAUUGACGAUGAGUUACUGUCAGCACUGAAUAAUCUGACCCCAGGAGUAGCUCAUGAAUUGCAUCCACAAUCAGAGUCACAGCCGGCUAUUGUUGUACACAUUUGUGCAGAGGAUGACCAACAAUUAAAUGGUCAAACAGAUGAUAGUAGUGAUUGGAAACCCAAAAUGAAGAUCCAACAAACCUCACGUCCCGGACCUGUCAGCCAACAGUCUUCAUCACAUUAGUUAUUAUGUUCACAAUAAUCGACUCAAUGAUCAUAUUAUCAUUAUAUUUGAAUGUAUUGUUUACACAACGGUAUCACAAAUACCAUAAAACAGUAUUUCAAUUGAUUAGAUGUAUUGGCAACACAUGGCCUGACACUUCAUGAGCCCUGAGCUCAACAUCAGCCCAAUCCUUAUCUUUUAAAAAGUUUUCUACAAUUAAUGAAACCAAAGAAAAUGAAUUAAAUGAACACUCAUUUGUGUGAUCAGUACUUAAUGAUAAUUUUAAUA